GAGAAGUGCUGUGCGGAGGAUCAUGAGCCUCCCCCAUGUUUUGGCCUUUUUGAGCACAGCAUCUCUUUAUUAUACAUUAUCAGAAGUGAGGAUGUGACAGUUUCAGGGGGAAGUCAUGAUGUUGUUUAAGGUGUAUUAUGAAGUAUGAACCCUUUCAGCACACAGAAGUGAGCAUGAGCAUGUCGUCGACUGGAAGAGGAGUGCCGGCUCCGCUCUGCCAGGGCUUCCUGAAGAAACGCAAAGACAAAAUGAAACUUCGGUGGGUGACUUACUGGUUCAGACUUUACAAUACCACAUUGUUUUUCUACACUAAAAAGCAUGGGAGUGCUUUAGAUCUCAGAGGCCAAUACUACAUAUAUGAGGUUCAGUCUGUGCGGGAGGUCAACAAAUCUGACAACAAUCGCUAUAUGUUUGAGAUCACAAUGAAAAACGGGAAGAAAAAAAUGCUUGCAGCAGAGUCAGCUCCCAUCCGGCAGGAAUGGAUGGACCAGCUGUGGAAAGCCAUGCUGAUCAGCGGUCCUGACAGAUCUGGAUCAAUCUCCAAUGGGGAGCUGCUGCCAGAGUCCAGCAGAUAUUCAAUGGACAGUAGAUGCUUCUCCAUUGGUCAAGAGUCAUUUCAGUCCUUUUCUGAUGCUGAUGACACACAAGAUGGUUUGCCCACAGACAAUGAAAUGGAACAAAACACUGAAGAGUUUUUGCUGACGGACUAUGAAUAUGACGUUCUACCACCUAGAAAACUUAAAGAGGCCAUUUAUGACACUCCCACAUCCAAGAGGUCAACUAAUGAGAGAGAGCAUGAUGUGACUGAUAGCAUCUAUGAUAUCCCAAACAGCUUGAUUAGGAAAUUCAAUGAACAAACAGUUGAAUCUCACAGCGGCAGAGCGAGGCCUGAGAGCGGUGGUCUUCUGAAUGACAUGAUAGCCUGUCUGGACAGUGAAUCUGCUGCCUGGGUCAAAACGGCUCCUCUGUGAAUGUCUGGUGAAUGUCUAUGAGAAAACCUAUUUGUAAAUGUGUGUUGUUGCAUUAAAAUCAGAUAGUUCACUCAAAAGUGAGAAGAUUCUACAAUCAUUUAAUCUUUAUGUUGUUCCAAUAUCUAUAAAACCCCAACAUGUUCUUAUUAUAGCCUGAAGAAGUAAUGCCAGAAUAUUUAAUAAACGUCUUAUCUUGUGUCAAUAAUGGACAAGUGUUUUUGAGUUUGGGUCAAGGAGAGGGCGAAUAAAUGUCACAAUGUUGGAGUGUGCUUUUCUACUAAAUUGUUUUAAGACUUUCCUCUGGGGAAAUUAUUAGGAAUAACAAAAGACAAGAGUGUUUAUGACUAUACAAAAUACAAUAAUAUGAAAAUACUGGUUUAUAACAUCAGUCAGCAUAACAAGCUGUUUUUACAACCUUAAAAUCAAUUGAUAUGUUUAAGACCAGAAGUCUUGAGCCAGUAAGCUUUCAAUGGCUGCUCCUCCUGAACACGGUCAAUCACUUUUUCUUAAUGUCUUCUUUCACGGUUAGAAAAGAAGAAUGUAGUAAAAGUGAUGCUUUUGUCAUCUUGUAACCCUGGUAAAGAGGUAAGCAAGCUCAUUUUAGUGAUGUUGCAGAUGUUGAUAAUGUUCAUUUUGAAAUGUAGUGACGUGACUGAGAAAGGGGUUUGGAAAAGAUUUCAGCCUAAGCUAUGAAUUAUCCUGUAAUUCUGUGGAAUAAAAUGGGUUUGUUUGGUUUCUUUCCUUA